CUUUCCAGUCUUGCGCAAAGCCAACACCACCGCGCCGUUGCCAAUUCCCUUUACAGAUACACAAUGCCCGACCCAGCGAGCUCACGGUUCACGCCGUCCAACAAGACAACAACUGAACGCAUCUCAGACAGCACCGUAGGCCUCGUCGCGCUCUCCGACUUUCGCAAGCGACGCGCCGAGGUCCUCGACCAGCAAGACCGCGAACGAGAAGCCGCCCUCUCCGGCACAUCCACACCAGACCGAUCCAACUCCGCGACGCCAGACCCCGGGAGCGACUCGGCGAGCGGCGCAAGCAAACCAAAGAAGAAGAAGAAGAAGCUCGGCGGCAGCAAGCUAUCUUUUGGCGACGAUGAAGAGGAAGAGGAGGGUUCGCUGCCAGUAAAGAAAGGCAAGAAGGCAGACGAAGACGAGGAUGAGAAGAGCACAACCACAAAGAAAUCCAGAGUCGUUGCCAACUCGUCCGUCGCGUUUGUGCCCAAGGUCAUGUCGAAAGCAGCCUUGCGACGUGAGGCGGCUGAGAGAGAGGCGUUGCGCAAGGAGUUCCUCGCGAUACAGGAGGCCGUCAAGGCGACAGAAAUUGCAAUCCCGUUCGUGUUUUACGAUGGAUCGAAUAUACCCGGUGGCACUGUCCGUGUCAAGAAGGGCGACUACAUCUGGGUUUUCUUGGACAAGAGUCGAAAAGUUGGCGCCGAGUUAGGCGUGGGAGAGAAAGCCAAUGCACGAAGAGAAUGGGCGAGAGUUGGUGUAGACGACCUGAUGCUCGUCCGGGGGUCCAUCAUCAUUCCACAUCACUAUGAGUUCUAUUUCUUCAUCAUCAACAAGAAUGCUGGCCCAGGUGGCCAACAACUGUUCAACUACAAAGCCGACGCGCCGCCCAAGAAAGACGGACCGGAACCAGAUGAAGCUCCGCCUGCCCCAUCUGGCGGCCUGACCACCGCAGCUGCUCUCAAGGCGGCUGCAGUCAAGGCCCUGCCCGACAUCAACACCCUUGAAGGUGCCACAGACGACCCUACCCUGACGAAAGUGGUGGAUCGGCGCUGGUAUGAGCGCAAUAAGCACAUCUAUCCAGCGAGCAUGUGGCAAGAGUUUGACCCCGAGAAGGACUAUGACACGGAGGUGCGGAAGGACGCCGGCGGCAACACGUUCUUCUUUUCGAGGUGAAGCCUGUAUCGUCGACUAUGUUUGGCGAGCCUGAAUCAGAGGACCGCUAAGGGGGAAAGAGUUACGCCACGAGCGGCGUUCUUGCGCGUUCAUCCCGACAGCGUGCGGAGAGUCAAGACGAUACCCAGGAUUAACAGCCAUCCCGGCCAGAAGACCAUGACGAUCAGCAUGUUACCUCCCGGGCCCAGUAUUGUUGUUGCAAACUCCAUGAAAACCUUCUUCCUCAACUUCUGGAUUCGUUUGGAUUCCCAUACAUGUCCCAUGGACGUGCGGAAUGCUGUCGUCGCCUUCUUGAUGGCAAACAGCGAAUGGACGGCGAAGAGUCGGGUUGCUAUGACUGCCGACGUGAGGGUUGAGGUGGCGAGAAGGUGUGCGUAGAGGAAGAGGAGCGACGACGCCACGGCCACUACUCUUUGGAAGCGGACCGCGAUGUCAAAGGUAGGCCCGAGUGCGGCAACGAGAUCUGACCGUUGGCGGAUGGUUACGCCAGGCUCGUGUUUGGACGAGGUCAAAAGCGCGACUUUGUUCAUGAUGGCGACGGCAGAAGAGGUCUCGGCGAAGACGUGAUCACGACCUACAGCGGUGCCUUGUUUGUUUUGACGUGCCCCAAUGCCAUCAGAAGCGUGGCGAGCACGUUGCAACUCACGAUAUAUAUCAAGGGGCAUCUGAAGAGCAGCGGCAACUGCAUGCGAUUCAUUCCACCCUAUGGACUUUUGGACUCGCGGUAAAAGCGCCUCUGAGGUUCUCGAUAACACAUAAAGUUUGGAUGAGCAUGAACAUCAAGUAUGAUAGAGCUCGCAGCUGCCACGGCGCUAUAUGCCUAACAUGAGCGAUGUCUAGAAUUUUCUACCCCUCCAUUGUGUCGAGAUUGAUGCUGUGACAGCCCCACCA